GUGCAAGGCUCUGCAAAGGAGCUGAUCAGGGAGCUUACACCGCAACAGCUCCAACAUGGCGAUGUGGAUCCGAAUACCGGUCAGCAGUUGACUGGGCUGAUGUUGCUAGUGGCCGUCCUGGCCCGUCGAUAUGCUCCACUCGAGGCCGAAAACACAACCAAGUCGAUAGCUGAGUUUUUAUCCUUUCGGCGUCAACCAGGUGAGGCUAUUGAUUCGGUAUUAGUUAGGUUCGAUAUUUUGCGUAAUCGUGCAAAUGUUCGUGCCGGGUUUGCUGUGAACUGGACAGGACUCUCAUGGCUGCUUUUGCAGUCUCUGGGUCUGAACGCCGAAAUGUGGGAUAGACUUCUUGCCCCUCUUGGAGGUCAAAUGCCACAGAACGAGCACGAGCUUGGUGGCCUAAUGGAAAGGAUUCGUAGACUUUUCCACUUGAAAGAAGGUCGUAUGCAGUACCAUGGCCAUCAAGGUGCAAUGGGUGAUCCGGGACAGUUUUUCACAGAGGGAUACUUCCCGACCUUUGCGCCUGAAGGUGCUGCGGGAUCCGCCUUUCUUGCAGGUGGUCCCAGCCCGCCAGAUCCAUGGAGUUCGUACGUGCAAUCAGGCCACAGUCCAUUGAACAGCAGUCCAGAUCCCAAUGCAUGUUGCGGCCCGAUGUCCUCUCAUGCCUUUCAAGCCGAUCGUGCCGAUCAAGCCGUUUGCUGUCCGACAUGUGGAAUGUAUUUCCAGGACGAUGGGUUCAGCACCGACACCAGUUCGGACGAUGGGACUGAGAUGAUGUCAGAUGAUCAGAUAGAUCCCUCCGAAGCCUAUUUGCAGUAUGCUUUCGCAAGGAAAAGGUGGAGGCGUGUAUCCAACAAGUUUCCUCGACGGUAUCGCAAGCACGGCAAAGGGAGUAGGGGUUUUGGCAAGGGAUUCAAGCCGAGUUCGUACGCUGCUUUUCUCCCACCAAAUGCAUUUGCUGGAGGCAAGGGUUUUGGCGGUGGAAAGAAAGGAGGAAAGCAAGGGUUUAAGCGAAACCCCAAAGACAAGAAUGGCCAGACUUUAAAGUGCAAUAUUUGUCAGUCGGAAGAACAUCUUUGGCGCAAUUGUCCAAAGCGCAACCAGCAAGGCGAAGGCACGUUUGCUACUGACAGUGCUUCUGGUCUGCCAUUUAACUCAGGGUUUGCAUCCACCAAUCACAAUCAGUUAGCUUUGGUGCCCAGUGUGUUAUGGGGAGGUUCGAAUCAGGCUACAGCGUUGCCAGGAGUCCAUUUCUUUGGAACCGAGCUUGAAAAUUUGCGGAGCGUUUCUGAAAACGCCGCCAGUGUUGUGUCUGCAACAAGUAGCAGCCGUAAGCGGACACCAGCCGAACGUCCUGAGCCAUCAACACCUUCCGGUGCACCGAGCAAAACAGUGCCUAGAUGGAGUCCGAGUUUCUUUCCUGAUGCAAGUGCGGUGUGCAGUGCAGCAUCGUCACCAUGUCAGGCAGAAGUUGAGCCGCUGCUUCCUGAUGCACCUGAACCUUCAUCACCACCACCGCAGGAGCCUGCUCCCUCGCGCACGUUCGUAUUAGGUGCUGGAUCAUCGACGAUGCCCGACCCUCACGUGCCAGAGGCCAGUCCGUCCGUUGAUCCAACUAGCCAUCAGUGUCAAGAAGAUGCCUGUGUGUCUCAAGAAAAGGAGCGUGUUCGUGAUCAGAGCAUUCGUGGAUUGCAUAACGUGCUGUUGGGCCUCGGGCGACAAGCUGAAGACCAUGAUGCUUUUCAGUACCACACCGGAACAUCCACAGUGGGAUCCGAGCAGAGUCAUGGUCCGGUGCCGCAGCAAUCCAACAGUGCCACAGGACUUUCUUCUCAUGGCCAUGGCAGCGGUAGCUUUCCGUGGUGGGAAGCCAAUGACAAGCCGAGUGAAAGUGUGAGUGCGCCUCAAGCUGCAUAUCACCUUCGGACCAGAAGGCAGAAUGGUGAAGUCGGUUUGUUGGUUGAUCCUGGUGCUCAUGACAAUUUGAUCGGCGAAGCUACAGCUCAGCAGAUGUGCGAAGAGCUGAACACCCAGCUGCGCUUGCGGAACAUGGACAAGCCGCUUCCAGUGGAAGGAGUUGGAAAGUCAGCUCAAGUGGCCAACAAGGCCGCAUGUAUUCCCAUGGCUGUGAUGGACGUGUCAGGAACCAAGACAGAUGCAACGUACACGGCACCGAUCAUCCAAGGAAGUUUGCUGCCACCACUGUUGGGUAAUCGCACCUUGCGUAAAAUGCAAGUCAUCAUGGAUUGUGGUACUGGAAAACUCAUCGUUCCAGGCUGUGUGGCCAAGCGCCACCGGGCACAUGAGUCGCAUACCAACGAUGAUACCUGUCAGUGGGCUCUUGCCCGCUCUAUGCCUGAAGGAGCUUCCCGUGAACGAGGGCCCACACAUCCUCGCGAUGGUCGCAUUCCAGCCAGUUCUGAUCCAACGGCGCGCUUGAGAAUGGACGGUCGCGCCGAUGGUGUUCCAGGAAAUCAGUUGCUUAAUGUGCCGAAGCUGACCGGAAGUGUCGGCGCUGCAGUGAUUCAGUUCUUCAUGGUUGACAUGACCGAGGAAGGCGGUGCACUCCGUCAAGUGGAGAUCUCUUUGCCGCCAGGAGGCGAGCACCUCCUGCGAGUCAUUAAGGGCUAUGAGGACUUUGAUCCGCAACGAGAAGUGCUAGAAGGAACGACAUCAGCGAGCAUUCUUGCCGAGAGAUUUGAGAAUGGAAAGUUGACGCUUGGAACAGAUCUUGUGAUCGAUGCUGCAGCCGUCUUCGAUCACAUCGCAGCUCAUGAAGCCAAAGUGCCCCAUGAUGCAUCCAUGACCAUUCAUAGUUUGAAGGCGCGGGAACUCUUGUCAGAUGGCAAACUUCAGAGAAUGAUUUGGUGCGACACCAGAUCCAUGCUUGCAGACGGCCUCAAUAAGGGCACGAUCGAUCGUGCCGCUUUGCAAUGCGCUGUGAGCCAAGGAAGAUGGACAAUUGACCAGCCGGUCAGAAUCCAUGGUUUGCAGACGCCUAAAGCUGAGCUUGGCCAAGGACAACCUGAGUCGAAAGGUGUUGCAUAG